CUUUUGCGUGGGCAGACGCUCUGGCCAGCCCUGGAGGCGUCCCGCGUGCCCAUCUUCGGUAGCGUCGCGUACGCUGCGGAUGUUAUAUCUGGCGUCGCGGCGCCCUCGAGCUUCAGCCGCUCCUCAGCCGUCCGUCGAUUCACAACUCACCCCCACGAGAUAUUAAAAUAGCAGCAAAAUGUGUGACGACGAAGUAGCAGCCCUUGUUGUCGACAAUGGUUCCGGUAUGUGCAAGGCCGGUUUCGCCGGAGACGACGCACCCCGCGCCGUCUUUCCCUCGAUCGUUGGUCGCCCCAGACAUCAGGGUGUGAUGGUCGGUAUGGGUCAAAAGGACAGCUACGUCGGUGACGAGGCCCAAAGCAAAAGAGGUAUCCUCACCCUGAAAUACCCGAUCGAGCACGGUAUCAUCACCAACUGGGAUGAUAUGGAGAAGAUCUGGCAUCACACCUUCUACAACGAAUUGCGUGUGGCCCCUGAGGAACACCCAGUCCUUCUCACCGAGGCCCCCUUGAAUCCCAAGGCUAAUCGUGAAAAGAUGACCCAGAUCAUGUUCGAAACCUUCAACAGCCCAGCCAUGUACGUGGCCAUCCAGGCCGUGCUGUCCCUGUACGCCUCCGGUCGUACCACCGGUAUCGUCUUGGACUCUGGUGACGGUGUCUCCCACACCGUACCCAUCUACGAAGGUUACGCCCUUCCUCAUGCCAUCCUCCGUCUGGACUUGGCCGGUCGCGAUUUGACCGACUACCUCAUGAAGAUCCUAACCGAGAGAGGCUACAGCUUCACCACCACGGCUGAGCGAGAAAUCGUUCGUGACAUCAAGGAAAAACUUUGCUAUGUCGCCCUGGACUUCGAACAGGAAAUGGCCACCGCCGCCGCUAGCACUUCCCUCGAGAAGAGCUACGAGUUGCCUGAUGGACAGGUCAUCACCAUCGGUAACGAGAGGUUCCGUUGCCCCGAAGCUCUCUUCCAACCUUCCUUCUUGGGUAUGGAAUCCUGCGGUAUCCACGAGACCGUGUACAACUCCAUCAUGAAGUGCGACGUCGAUAUCCGUAAGGAUCUGUACGCCAACAACGUACUCUCCGGUGGUACCACCAUGUAUCCUGGUAUUGCUGACCGUAUGCAGAAGGAAAUUACGGCCCUCGCCCCAUCGACCAUCAAAAUCAAAAUCAUCGCUCCCCCUGAGAGGAAAUACUCCGUAUGGAUCGGUGGAUCCAUCUUAGCUUCCCUGUCCACCUUCCAACAGAUGUGGAUCUCCAAACAGGAGUACGACGAAUCAGGCCCUGGCAUUGUCCACCGCAAGUGCUUCUAAGCGUAUCGUCGAGAAACCAUCGACGUCGCACAGACAUCAAGAAAACAUCUCUCUGUCUGAAGAAAAUCGACAAUACGAUCAGUCGAGUUUCUUCGAGCUAUCAUUACGCUGCAAUAAUGGAACGUUAUCGGAAUAUUACAGAAUCCGGAUCAUCAUCAGAUCUCAUCAAAUAUACAUCGCUGUGGUCAUUUGUAUCGUUCUUGAAGAAACGAUGUCCUGGCUGAUCACACUUUUAAAAACCCUUCCACCGUUUAAAAGGGUUCGCAUUCAUCUGUCACGUCAUCGCGGCCGAGGAAACCGGCUUAGGUGUUGAUUCUCCAUACAGAGCUUACUCGUGGAUGGCCAUUUCUCGUUGACUAUCAAAAAGGGUACGGUUGAUGAAAUUAGAUCGUCUGACCGACCCACCAAAUGCAUCUUUUGACCGUGAAAGGGACAUUCUGGAUACACAAGAAAGAAAUCAGGAUCUUCAACGGGAGUGGACCAACUUCGACGGAAGCUUCGCUUGUUUCACUGUUAUGCGAGAUUCCUACACCUCCAAUGAAUUUCUUAAUUUCAAAGCAAUCUUACCAUCGAUACACUUUUAACUUUAAUUUAUUUUGUAAAUAUUAUACACUAUAUUGCUAUAUAUUGUUAUACGAUGUCAAAAAGUCAAGUGAAAUAUACAUUGUCUCAUACCAUUAUUUACA